AUGAAAAUUAACAUCCGGGAUUCGACCCUGGUCCGGCCCGCCGGCGAGACCCCCUCCACUUACCUAUGGAACUCCAACGUCGACCUCGUAAUCCCCAGAUUCCACACCCCCAGUGUCUACUUCUACAGGCCCACCGGCGCCUCCAAUUUCUUCGACCCUCAGGUCAUGAAGGACGCCCUUUCCAAGGCCCUGGUCCCCUUCUACCCCAUGGCCGGCCGCUUGAAGAGGGACGACGAUGGUCGUAUCGAGAUCGACUGCAACGCCGCCGGCGUUCUCUUCGUCGUCGCCGAUACUCCCUCUGUCAUCGACGAUUUUGGGGACUUCGCUCCCACCCUCACUCUCCGCCAGCUGAUUCCUGAUGUUGAUCACUCCGCCGGCAUUCAUUCCUUCCCUCUUCUCGUUUUGCAGGUGACCUAUUUUAAAUGUGGUGGAGCCUCCCUUGGUGUUGGCAUGCAACACCAUGCGGCAGAUGGUUUCUCUGGUCUCCAUUUCAUCAAUACAUGGUCUGAUAUGGCCCGUGGUCUUGACCUUACCAUUCCACCCUUCAUCGACCGGACCCUCCUCCGCGCUAGGGACCCGCCUCAGCCAGCUUUCGAUCAUGUUGAAUACCAGCCUGCCCCCAGUAUGAGGAUCCCUCUCGAUCCCUCGAAAUCAGGCCCCGACAGUACCACCGUCUCCAUCUUCAAGCUAUCUCGCGACCAGCUGGUUUCCCUCAAGGCUAAAUCCAAGGAGGAUGGGAACACAGUAAGCUACAGCUCAUACGAAAUGCUGGCAGGUCAUGUGUGGAGAUCAGUGGGGAAGGCGCGCGGGCUUCCAGACGACCAAGAGACCAAAGUAUACAUUGCAACUGAUGGAAGGUCAAGACUGCGCCCGCAGCUUCCCCCUGGUUACUUUGGCAACGUUAUAUUCACUGCCACACCACUGGCCGUUGCUGGGGAUCUGCUGUCAAAGCCAACAUGGUAUGCUGCAGGACUGCUUCAUGAUGUUUUGGCUCGCAUGGACGAUACCUAUCUCAGGUCAGCUCUUGACUACCUGGAGAUGCAGCCUGAUCUGUCAGCCCUCGUCCGCGGUGCGCACACCUACAAAUGUCCUAAUUUGGGAAUCACCAGCUGGGUCAGAUUACCCAUCUACGAUGCAGACUUCGGUUGGGGUCGUCCCAUAUUUAUGGGACCUGGUGGAAUUCCAUACGAGGGUUUGUCGUUUGUGUUACCAAGUCCUACAAAUGAUGGCAGCUUAUCCGUGGCCAUUGCUCUCCAAUCUGAACACAUGAAACUCUUUGCCAAGUAUUUGUACGAAAUAUGA